AUGGGCAAGCAGGCAGCUCCUGGCUUCAUCAAGUGCGCGUGUUGCUCGUACAAGUGGACAUGGCGUGGCCGUUCGACGUGCUUCCAGUGCGGGAAGGAGUUCGAGCUCGAGGCCCCCCGUUCGUGGCGCACGGAAACCCAGGGUGUGGCAGCAAAACCCUCGACCCUCACCAACAAGGAGAAGGACGGCGACUGGCACGACUGGGAGUCCUGGCUGAGGAGUCGAAGCUCCCGGAAGAAGGCUGGUGCGAAGGCCGAG